GGAGUGUUCUCCGGGGAGAUUCUCAAGCCCCAGCAAGAGUCUCAACAGCUGAAUGGAAGAAAAUAACUUUUAACAACCGUUUUGUUAUUUACUUACGGAAAGGAGUUUCGAUACAGAAAACUACAAUGGUGCAAGUCUCACUUCAUUGCUUGUGUUUCCUUACACUUUAUUUGGCAACUGGAUAUAGCCAAGAGAGGAAGUUUAGUGGACCCCUGGAACCCAUGACAUUUUCCAUUUUUGAAGGCCAAGAAGCGAGUCAAGUCAUAUUCCAGUUUAAGGCCAGUCCUCCUGCUGUGAAUUUCAAACUAACCGGAGAGACAGACGGCAUAUUUCAGAUACAACCAGAUGGACUUCUAUAUCAUAACAAAGCCUUGGAUAGAGAAACAAGAGCUGUUCACAAACUCCAGGUCUCAGCCCUGGAUGCUCAAGGAACUGUCGUGGAGGGCCCCGUUCCCAUCACCAUAGAAGUGAAGGACAUCAAUGACAAUCGACCCACAUUUCUCCAGAAAAAGUAUGAAGGCUCAGUAAGACAGAAUUCUCGCCCAGGAAAGCCCUUCAUGUACGUCAACGCAACCGACCUGGAUGACCCAGCCACUCCCAAUGGUCAGCUUAUUUAUGAAAUUGUCAUCCAGCUUCCCAAGAUCAACAACAUCAUGUACUUUCAGGUCAACAACAAAACGGGGGCGAUUUCACUCACCCUAGACGGAUCUCGGGCACUGGAUCCCAGUAAGAAUUCUAACUACAAUCUGGUGGUCUCAGUGAAGGACAUGGGAGGCCAGAAUGAGAAUUCUUUCAGUGACAGCACAUCUGUGGAUAUUGUGGUGAAGGAGAAUAUUUGGAAAAAGCCAGAACCUGUGGAGAUUUUUGAAAACUCAACUGAUCCUCACCCCAUCAAAAUCACUCAGGUGCAGUGGAAUGAGCCAGGUGCACGAUACAUCUUAGUUGACAAGGAGAAACUGCCAAGAUUCCCAUUUUCAAUUGACCAGGAGGGAGUUAUUUAUGUGACUCAGCCCUUGGACCGAGAAGAAAAGGAUUCGUAUGUGUUUUAUGCUGUGGCAAAGGAUGAAGCUGGACAACCGCUUUCAUACCCACUAGAAAUUCGUGUGAAAGUUAAAGACGUUAACGAUAAUCCGCCUACGUGUCCAUCGGCAGUGACUGUAUUUGAGGUCCAGGAGAAUGAAAACAUAGGGAGCAAUAUUGGGACUUUUAUUGCCCACGACAAGGAUGAAGAAAACACUGCCAACAGUGUUUUAGUGUACAGAAUUGUGGAUCAAGUCCCUGCAUUGCCCAAGGAAGGACUCUUCCUGGUCCAGACCUACUCAGGAGUGUUCCAGUUAGCUGAGCAGUCUUUGAAGAAGCAAGACACGCCGCAGUACAACUUAACAGUAGAGGUGGCUGACAAGGAUUUCAAAACCCUCUGUCAUGUGCAGAUCCAUGUUAUUGAUAUCAAUGACCAGAUCCCCAUCUUCGAAAAAUCAGAUUAUGGAAACCUGACCGUUGCUGAAGACACAGUCGUGGGGUCCACCAUCUUAACCAUCCAGGCCACUGAUGGUGAUGAGCCCUUCACGGGGAGUUCUAAAAUCCUGUAUCGUAUUACACAGGGAGACAGUGAUGGACGACUGGGGGUUGACACAGAUCCCCAAACCAAUGCUGGAUAUGUCAUAAUUAAAAAGCCUCUUGAUUUUGAAACAGCAGCCAUUCACAAUAUUGUGUUCCAAGGAGAAAAUCCUGAGCCUUUGGUGUCUGGUGUAAAUUACAACAGCAGCUCUUGUGCCACGUUCAAGCUUAUUGUGACAGAUGUGAAUGAAGUACCCGAAUUUUCCCAGCGUGUAUACCAAGCAAAAGUCAGUGAAGAUGUGGCUGUAGGCACUAAAGUGGGCAAUGUGACUGCCAGGGAUCCGGAAAAUCUGGAUAUAAGUUAUUCCCUGGGCGACAACAGGAGAGGCUGGCUUAAAAUUAACCCCGUCACUGGCGAGAUCUCUACUGUGGCUCCGCUGGACAGGGAAGCCGAGAGUGUGUAUCGGGUGCAAGUGGUCGCCACCGAAGUAGGUGGCUCCUCCCUGAGCUCCACAGCCUAUUUCCACCUGACCCUCUUGGAUGUGAACGACAACCCCCCUCGGCUAGCCAAGGACGACCCAGGCUUGUUUCUGUGCCACCCCCUCCAAGCAACCGGAACUGUCAUUUUCGAGGCCACUGAUGAUGACCAGCAGUCAUUUCGGGGUCCACGGUUUGAUUUUUCCCUUGGUAGUGAUAUGUUACAAAACACCUGGGAAGUUUCCAGUAUCAAUGGAACUCAUGCCAAACUUCGCACCAAGCACACGGACUUUGAGGAGAGAGUUUACAACAUCCCGAUCCGCAUCAAUGAUCGUGGUCAGCCACCCUUGGAAGGAAUAGUCUCUUUACCAGUUACUUUCUGCAAGUGUGUGGAAGGAAGCUGUUUCCGGGCAGCAGGUCGCCAGUCUGGGAUGCCCACAGUGGGCAUGGCAGUUGGUAUACUCCUGACCACCUUUUUGGUUAUUGGUAUAAUUUUAGCAGUUGUGUUUAUCCGAAUAAAGAAGAAUGAAGGCAAAGCUAAUGUCGAAAGUGCUCAGGCAUCCGAAGCCCAACCACUGAAAAACUGAAUUUGAAAAGGAAUGCUUGAGUUCAUGUAUUGAGUGCUAUUUCGGGAAAGAUGGACUGAUGAAAUAGUCUGUUCAUUUUCUCCUUAUCAAGAUUUAUCAGCCAUCUACCACAGAACUUCCUGGAUUCCAUCUGUACUUUCCCUAAUUCCAUCCUGUGUCUCCUUCCUCAUGUCUCAUUUGGUAUUGCACUAAUUUUAAAACAUUCAUUGGAAAAAAGAACAAAGUGAAGUCUCAGGAAGAAAGUAAAAUGGAAGCCUUGUCCUUGGGGUAAACGGAAACUCCUUGUGAUAUUAGCCUUCUUUAGCUCAGUGUGGCUUGCAUUGCUCUUCAAUGAGGUCCUUCCACUUGGAAAUGGCCCAGCCUACCACAGGCCACACACGCCCACUUUCAUAAAUUUUGGUGCAGAAACCAACCACUGACCAGAUUUACUUACUACCUACCAUGCUUAUGUUCUGCACAUGUUUUCCUUAUGUGUAUGUUAAUAUAGUUUUGGUUGCUGUAUAUUUAACAGUGAACGAAAAUAAGAAUGUGUGGAAGAAGUAGUGACA